AUGGUCCAUGUUUUUAUGCAGGAAUGUUGUCGACCCAAGAGACGUGUACUUUUCCUUUUGCAAGUAUCUCAUGUUUAUCGUGGACAUGGCGGAAUAAAGCUGCCCACUAAACCUGCAAAGCACUCUACUUCCAACAAUGCGACUACAUACAACACGCCAUAUCUUCCCCUUUUGAGUGGAGAUCUGCAAGGGCAACGUACUAUGCACCUGCUGAUCCGCGGGACGCUAUCGGCGGCGCGUGUGGUUACGGCGACGUGGAGAAAGCAGGGUAUGGGAAGGCGACGGCGGGGCUCAGUACUGUGCUGUUCCAGAAAGGACAGAUCUGUGGCGCUUGUUUCGAAGUCAGACGGCGGUGGCAAGUGUAACCCUCCGAAUCCCCAUUUUGUUUUACCGAUUGAGAUUUUUGAGAAGAUUGCGAUUUGGAAAGCUUCUAACAUGCCAAUUCAGUAUCGCAGGAUCAAGUGCAGAAAGGAAGGAGGAAUUAGGUUUACGAUUGAUGGAGCUGGAAUCUUCUUAUCGGUGUUGAUCAGCAAUGUUGCCGGUGCCGGAGACUUAGCUGCGGUGAAGAUUAAGGGUUCACGAACUGGGUGGCUUCCGAUGAACAGAAAUUGGGGACAAAAUUGGCAUAUAAAUGCAGACAUGAAAAAUCAACCACUUUCUUUCGAGGUCACUAGUAGUGAUGGGUUAACUGUUACUUCUUACAAUGUUGCUCCAAAAGAAUGGAAUUUUGGUCAGAGUUUUGAGGGCAAACAAUUCUAAUCUUGAAUCUUGAAUCUUCAAUCUUGAUAGUUUUUUAAUGGGACAUUCCCUUUUAUAGAGCCUGGUUUUUAGUUGUAUAAAAUCAUCUUU